AAUUCUCGCGAUCACCAAUAAAACCCCAAAAUCCAUUACUCACAAAUAACCAAUUUUUGUUUACCAAAUAAAAAAAAGGAUGAACUGAACCCUCAACCUACCCAUCACCGUCCUCGCCCUUCCAAAUCCGCUAAUUCGCACACCGGAAAACCAUCUUCCUCCGUCAAUACCUCUCCCUUAAACCGCUUUUCGCUUUACUUUUGAAGACCAGCUAGGGUUCCGGUGACUAAUACGGAGCGAAUUCGUUCGUCGGCGCUUGUGAGAGAAAUAUGGGAGCGGAGGCGAUACAAAAGCGGUGGGAUACAUGGGAAGAACUUUUAUUAGGAGGAGCCAUACUCCGCCACGGAACCACCGACUGGAACCUCGUCGCGGCGGAGCUCCGGGCACGGAUUGUUCGUCCGUGCGCCUAUACCCCCGAGGUUUGUAAAGCCAAGUAUGAAGAUUUGCAGAAACGUUUUGUUGGAUGCAAAGCUUGGUAUGAGGAGCUUCGGCGGCAACGAAUCAUGGAGCUAAGACGAGCUCUCGAGCACUCUGAAGACUCGAUAGGGUCAUUGGAAUCAAAGCUUGAGGCUCUUAAGUCUAGGAGUGGAGACAAGUCUCUUGUCAAUAGCUCUGAUAGAUCAGAGUCUUGGGGAGUUGUUCAUAAACCAACAAAUGAGCUAUCUGCUGGUAGCUUUACACAGGAAAACCGAACGUGCAGCUCGGUCGAAUGUCGGUCAGCUCCGUUUUUGGCUGACGAGACGGAGAUUAAGCCGGAAGCGUCGCAGUUACGGUGUCUCGAAUGGGGCAAGGUAGGAACAGUGAAGAAGAGAUCAAGAGGGAAGAGAAAGAGGAAGGAUUGUAGUAGUAGGGAUGUUAAGGAAGGAAGUACCGGUGAAAAUAACUUGUCUGAAUCAGCUAACCCUUCAACUGUUUCUCAUUCUAAAGAUAACUCAUGCUGCAACUCGUUCGAGCCACGUGAAUCUUCUGAUGCAAAUGAAGCUAGCAGAAGCUCAACCAUGGACGGAGUCGAUGUUGAUGUUCUAAUGGCUGCUUUUAACGCUGUUGCCGAGAACAAAAGUGCCGCGGUAUUUCGUCGACGCCUCGAUAGUCAGAAGAGAGGAAGAUAUAAGAAACUAAUACGGCAACAUUUGGAUAUUGAAACAAUAAGGUCAAGAGUUGCAAGUCAGUACAUAACAACGCAAAAGGAGCUAUACAGAGACCUGCUGUUGCUUGCUAACAACGCCCUCGUUUUCUACUUGCCGAACACGCGGGAGUAUCGGUCUGCAGUGCUUCUCAGACGCCUCAUUACGAAUACAUUUCAGAAGCUUUUCAAAAACUCCCACGACAAAAGAACACAAACACGUGAUCAGAUGGCAAAACUGCAUCGUUUGCAACCUGCUAAACGUAAUGAAUCUAGAAAAGAAGUCAAUCCAGGGGAUGCCAAAACUCCUAGUGGGAAUAGAAGGAGAAGUAAUGCUAAUUCUCAUUCCUCAGUGGGAUUAGCGAAGACAGAAACUUCGGCUUCGACAGUAAAGAGAGAGCCUCGUGGGACGAGAAAGAGUGUCGUUGGGACGUCGAAAAGUGAACGGUCUGCAGCAACGGUCGCUCGGGGAAGAAAACGAGGGAGAGCGAAGUAAACGGUAAGAAAUUUUGAAGUUUACUGUUGUAGAUUCUGAGCUAGAACUUGUAAGUUGAUUGUAAACCAGGUAGCUUUAGGCUUUAGAAAGAUAGUGGGAGUGAAAUGGAGUACUCAUUGUGUCAUUUCGUUAGCUUGGAAUGAUUUAUAUUUUGAGUUUAUCUGUUUCAAACAAAGCAAAUGGAAUGUGUUUCGAUUGAUGAA